AGGCCUGCCCGGCUCCCGCGCGCCGCUGGGCCCCGCCCCCGCCGCCAUCUUGGUCGUGGAGGAGCGGGCGGCACGCGGUGGCCGACAUGACGGCCGCAGGUCGCAGCCCCCUGGAGCCGCUUCUGGAGACUUGGGAAGACCCCUCGGUCGCUCCCGGAGAGCAGACGGACGCCUACCUAACUCUGACCAGUCGUAUGACUGGACAAGAAGGAAAAGAAGUCAUUACAGAAAUUGAGAAAAAUCUUCCUCGGCUGUACACAGUUUUAAAGGCUCACAUUUCCAGUCAGAACUCAGAAUUGAGUAGUGCUGCUCUACAAGCCUUGGGAUUUUGCUUAUAUAAUCCCAAAAUUACCUCGGGAUUAUCAGAGGCAAAUAUUCAAGAACUGCUUUUAACCUUGAAUGGUAUCAUUAAGAGUUCAGACAAAAAUGUGUGUACCAGGGCACUGUGGGUAAUAUCCAAACAGACGUUUCCCACUGAACUUGUUAGCAAAAUGGUUUCCAGUAUUAUUGAUUCAUUGGAAGUGAUACUAAGUAAAGGAGAGGUACAUUCUGCUGUUGUUGAUUUUGAAGCAUUAAAUGUUAUUAUAAGGCUAAUUGAACAAACCCCAGUUCAAAUGGGAGAAGAGUCUGUGAGGUGGGCUAAAUUGGUCAUACCAUUAGUUGUUCACUCAGCUCAAAAGGUACAUUUGCGGGGAGCCACUGCUCUGGAGAUGGGGAUGCCAUUGCUGCUUCAGAAACAGCAAGAAAUAGCCCUGAUUACAGAGCACCUUAUGACUACUAAAUUAAUCUCAGAACUCCAAAAGCUAUUUAUGAAUAAAAAUGAGACUUAUGUAUUAAAAUUAUGGCCUUUGUUUGUCAAACUUCUUGGGAAGACCUUGCACCGAAGUGGGAGUUUCAUCAAUUCUUUGCUACAGCUAGAAGAACUGGGCUUCCGUAGUGGAACGCCCAUGAUUAAAAAGAUAGCUUUCAUUGCUUGGAAGAGCUUAAUAGAUAAUUUUGCUUUAAACCCAGAUAUACUUUGUAGUGCAAAAAGACUCAAGUUGUUAAUGCAGCCUUUGAGUUCCAUCCAUGUGAGAACAGAAACAUUAGCAUUAACAAAACUAGAAGUCUGGUGGUAUUUACUGAUGAGACUUGGACCUCAGCUCCCUGGCAAUUUUGAACAGGUUUGUGUGCCUCUGAUUCAGAGUACAAUAAGUGUUGAUAGUAUUGCUUCACCUCAAGGCAGUUCAUCUCGAGGGUCUACUUCUCCUGGCUUAAGUCCACUGACUCCUGGACAUAAAGGUGCUUCUUAUCCUGCAACUCCACGCAUGAACCAGAGUUCAAAUAUAGGUGGAAUGGCUUCAAUCCCUUCCAUUCAGCUUUUGGGACUGGAAAUGAUGCUUCACUUUUUAUUGGGUCCAGAAGUCUUGAAUUUUGCUAAGCAACACAAGCUUGUAUUGAGCUUAGAGCCAUUGGAGCACUCACUAAUCAGCAGCCCUUCCUUCUUCUCCAAGCAUGCGAAUAUACUUAUCACUGCUGUUCAUGAUAGCUUUGUUGCAGUUGGAAGAGAUGCUUCAGAUGCAGUCGUCAGUGCUAUCUGGAAGGAGCUCAUUAGCUUGGUGAAGUCAGUUACUGAAUCAGGAAAUAAGAAAGAAAGAUCAGGUUCUGAAGUUUUGACCCUCCUACUAAAAUCUUUGGAAAACAUAGUGAAGUCAGAAGUAUUUCCUGUAUCAAAAACACUGGUCCUCAUGGAAAUUACUGUUAAAGGACUUCCUCAGAAAGUAUUAGGUUCACCAGCAUAUCAGGUUGCUAAUAUGGAUAUUCUUAAUGGAACUCCAGCUUUGUUCUUAAUCCAGUUAAUUUUCAACAACAAUCUUUUAGAAUGUGGUGUAGCAGAUGAAAAGUUUUUUCUCAAUCUAGAAACACUUGUAGGAUGUGUGCUUUCUGGUCCAACUUCACCAUUGGCUUUUAGUGAUUCUGUACUAAGUGUGAUUAAUCAGAAUGCAAAGCAGUUGGCAAACAAGGAGCAUCUCUGGAGAAUGUGGAGUAUUAUAGUCAUUCCACUGACUGAUAGGAUUCAUCAGACCAAUGAAGUGAAUCAAGGUGAUGCCUUAGAACAUAAUUUUAGUGCCAUCUAUGGUGCAUUGACUUUACCAAUAAACCAUGUUUUUUCAGCUCAGACAUUUCCCAUGGCUACCAUGAAGACUUUACUUAAGACGUGGUCAGAGUUAUAUAGAGCAUUUGCACGCUGUGCUGCUCUGGUGGCGACAGCAGAAGAGAACUUGUGCUGUGAGGAACUUUGUUCUAAGAUACUGUGCAGCAUGGAAGAUGAAACCCUUUCGGAUUUGUUAUUCUUGGACAGGAUCUCUCAAAUUAUUAUCGUAAUGGUUGAUUGUAUCGACUUUUCACCGUAUAAUAUUAAAUAUCAGCCCAAAAUCAAAUCACCACAGAGAUCCUCAGAUUGGUCCAGAAAGAAGAAGGAACCCCUUGGGAAAUUGGCUUCUUUAUUUAAGCUAAUUGUGAGAGUGAUCCAUUCUUUCCACACUCUGACCUUCAAGGAAACAUAUUCUGACACACUGCUUACUAUUGGUAACUCUGUCAUCAGCAUGCUGUCCAGUAUAUUUGGACAUAUUUCCUUGCCGUCUAUGAUCCGAGAAAUAUUUGCCACUUUUACAAGACCUCUGGCUUUACUGUAUGAAAAUGCAAAGCUUGAUGAAGUUCCUAAAGUGUAUAAUAGUUUGAACAACAAGUUAGAAAAGCUAUUAGGAGAAAUCAUUGCUUGUCUACAGUACAACUACCCUGGAGCCUACGACAGUGAACUUCUUGGACAACUUUCUCCACUUCUGUGCAUAGUAUUUCUUCACAAGAAUAAACAGAUUCGGAAACAGAGUGCUCUGUUGUGGAAUGCUACAUUUGCUAAAGCGACAGCUCUGGUUUAUCCCGAGGAAUUAAAACCAAUAUUAAGACAAGCCAAACAAAAAAUUUUGCUUCUGUUGCCUGGUUUGGAAAAUGUUGAAAUGAUGGAUGAAUCCAGUGGGCCAUAUUCUGAUACAACAGAAAAUUCACAAUUAAAUGUCAAGAUAAGUGGCAUGGAAAGGAAAUCAAGUGGAAAAAGAGAUUCAUUUUUGGCACAGACAAAGGAUAAAAAAGAAAAUAUGAAGCUGUCGACCAAACUGAAAGUAGGAUCUUCGUCUCCAAAAUUAAAGAGUGGUAAUAAGCUUUUGGAAGAGGAAAAAUCUACUGACUUUGUGUUCAUACCUCCACAAGGAAAAGAGGGAAAGGCAAGAAUUCUGACUGAGCACCAGAAAGAAGUACUCAAGACAAAACGGUGUGAUAUUCCUGCCUUGUAUAAUAAUCUGGAUGUUUCACAAGACACCUUAUUUUCUGCUCAGUUUAGUCAAGAAGAAUCUAUGGAAAGCCUCACUUUAACUGAAAAACCAAAAGAAGAUGCCAAGAUAAUUAAGGAGGAACAAAUGGAGAGUGCCAUUUUCAUCUCUCAAGAUGCCAUGGAAAACUGUGGUGUGGAUGAACAUCCUGGAAAGGCUUCUUUACCAAAUGACUCUGGUUCUGUUGCUGAAACCAAUUCAGAAACACUGAGCGCUGGUAUUGAUGCUACAAAAAACAUGCUAAUUUCAUCAAAGAUAAUGUCAGCUGAAUAUUCAUCUGGUACAGAAACUUCACUGGUGGUCAGCAAUAGUUCGGUUUCUAAUGCCACUGUUUCUGGAACUCCUUCACAGCCUACAAGUCGGAGACAAACCUUUAUUACUUUGGAGAAAUAUGAUGGUUCAGAAAAUAGACCUUUUAGCCCAUCCCCUUUGAAUAGCAUGUCAUCCACUGUUACAGUGAGAAAUAACCAGGAAAACACAACUAAAACUGAUAUGCUACCAAAAGCAAGGAAAAGAGAAGUGACUCACUCAAAAUCUGACUCAGAAAAACUAGUGAACGGAGGUAAAAAGUCAGGACGUAGAUGGAGUAAAGUUGAGCAGUCAACUAAUAAAAAGUCUAAGCCUUCACUGAGAUCUGAACAGGAGGAACAUGCAUUAGAAAAUAACCCUCCUGAUUUGCUCAGUCAAACAGACUGUCUGUCAAAUCAUGAUCAUCCUUCUGGAGCUACCCUAGAGCAUGAAGAUAAAAAUCCUAAACCAACAGUAGAAAAUGCUUCAUUGGAAGACUUAGCUACAGAAGAAAAAAACGUAGGCAUUAAUAUGGAAUCUAAAGAAAAUACACCUCCGGUCGCAGCACCAGCAGAUCAAAUAGUAAAUGAAGAAAGUCAAGCUGUAGUAGCUCCAAAUCCAAAAAUCCUCAGACGGUCUUCAAGGCGACGUCCAGAAAUGAUGGAGUCUUCCAAUGACAGCCAAGAUAAGGAUAAUGGUCAACCAAAAAAGGAAAGACGGAAGGAAGAAGAAAAAACAGUUGCAAAGAGUCCAUUGCAUAUAAAAGAUGACAAGUUGCCCAAGCAAAAACUAACUGCUGAGUCAUCUCUGCAGGAAAAUUUAACCGAAAAAGGAAAUAGUUUACAUGAGAAAACUUUAGAGGAAUCCAGUGCUAAUGCUGAAAUUGACCAAAAUAAAAGAAAACCAGACCAUGAGAACAUUAGUUCUGAGGGAGGUAGUACCCAGGACAAUGUAGAUAAGUCAUCUGAGAAACCUUUGAGAGGACGUACACGUUACCAAACAAGAAGAGCAUCUCAGGGGUUACUAUCAGAACUAUCAGAACCUGAUAGUUCUGAGUCAAAGGAAGAAGUUUCCAGAAAGAAACGAUCUGGGAAAUGGAAAAAUAAAAGCAGUGAUAGUGUUGACAUUGAAGAACAAGAAGACAAAAUGGUCGAAGAGGAAUGUAUAAAAACUGCACAUGAGAUACAUGAUGGUCAGGCAGUUCCUGAAGCUCAUGUAGAUGCAGUGGCUCAGAUUUGUGAAGAAAGUGCCAAUAGGGUAAUCCUUCAGGAGUCUGCUGGGUCUUCAGAUUCACUGCCAGUUACUGAUACACCAGUUGCAGGUGAGGACACAAGUAAGACUAGCAAAUGUGUAGAUUACUCAUUUGCAAGUCCACCUGUGCCUGAAUCCAAUCUCAGGACUAGGAAUGCCACUAAAAGGUUAUAUAAACGAGAUACUGAUAGUAGUGCGGGAGAAUGCUCCAAAAUGGAGACAGCAGACAUUUCUGUACCUUCUGAGAAAUGGGCCCAAGCAGUUGAAUGCCAACACAAGAGAAGCAGGAGAGUCAGGAGAUCGAAGAGUUGUGACUGCUGUGGGGAAAAAUCACAAUCCCAGGAAAAGUCAUAUACUGGGUUAAAGAACACAGAGAGUUUUGCUAUAAAGAGCAUGGAGACAAAGACAACCCAGAUGCAAGCACCUGAGGCUACACCUGCAACUUGUGAAGCUAAUGAACACGCCAAAACAAAGCUGGUAGAUGAACAUCCUAGUAUGAAUUUUCAUGUGGGUCUUAAAGAAGAGAAUGGUGCUGCUGGUGACUUAGUUAAGUCUGAAACUGGAUUGGCAGAAGAUCGAAAAAAAGUCCCAUCUGAAAUAGGAAAUAUGAAAGAAAAAUCUCAUGAUACAGACUCUAGUGAAAUAGUAUCUGAAAUCCAAGAGCCAAGCAAUGAAAAAUUCACUGCUGAAGACCCAUGCUUAUGUGAUUCCAAGGACAUUUCACAGAGAUCUUCUUUAGAUAACAAAGUAGAAAGUCCAGACGCUGUUCUGAAAAGAGAAUCUGACAUUGGCGAUGUCGGGAAGGCAUGCAAAGUCAUAACCGGAUCCAGCUCAGAGGGCGGUGAAGCUAUGGAAUUAGAUGGAGGAAAUGACUCGCUUAUGGAAUUAGAUGGAGGAAAUGACUCGCUUGGAGCUGCCUUCUCUGAAAAGAGUGUCCACAUGGAUAUUCCUGUAGAUGUAGCAGCAGAGGAAGAUAAUAAAAAGGAUGAAUUUGAAGCAGUCACAGCUGAAGUGAAUGCUGAAGGAGCAGCCACCGAGGGCUUUAAUUCUGUUCUGAGUCUCUGUGAUCAUGCCACACCUGUAAGCAAGAGUGUCGAGAGUGAGCAUUCAGCAAGAGUGGACCUGGAGGAUGGUGUUCAGUGUGAUUCCGCAAGAGCAGACCUGGAGGAUGGUAUUCGAUCUGGUUCCGCAAGAGCAGACCUGGAGGAUGGUGUUCAGUCUGGUUCCGCAAGAGAGGAUCUGGAGGAUGGUGUUCAAUCUGAUUCCACAAGAGCGGAUCCGGAGGAUGGUGUUCAAUCUGAUUCCACAAAAGCGGAUCCGGAGGAUGGUGUUCAAUCUGAUUCCACAAAAGCGGACCUAGAGGAUGGUGUUCAAUCUGAUUCCACAAAAGCGGACCUAGUGGAUGGUGUUCAAUCUGGUUCCGCAAGAGUGGACCUAGAGGAUGGUGUUCAGUCUGGUUCCACACGAGUGGACCUGGAGCAUGGUGUUCAAUCUGAUUGCGGCUCCUGUGAGGAAAUGAACACAGAAACGGAAAGUUCCAAAGCAGCAGUGGUAGCCCAGUUGAAGAUGGAAGUUGGCGACACUGGAGAAGAGGAUAGGGGCAUGAUUGUUAGCACCUCUAUGUCUGAGGAAACUCCAGGUGGAAGACGAGGAGUCAAAACUGAGAGCUUUGUUUGCGACACACUUGAAAUGAGUUCUGAAGAAGGAACUGUUUGUUACAAAACUGAAACAAACAUUGAACUUAAAUUGGAUGAGACAAAAUUGAGUGACAACCAAAACGUAGUGGAUAAUAAUGUUCUGCAGGAAGUAUGCCUCACUUCAGAGAAAGUGGAGGAAUUACCACAGUCUCUGACAUCUGAAGUGGCUUCUGAACUGGUAGCAGAAAGCAGUAAUGCUUCUCCUGAAAAAUUAAGAGAGCUGGACCCUUCACUUGGAUCAGCAAAUGAAAGUCCUAGCGGUAUGCAAGCACGCUGUGUCUGGUCACCGUUGGCUUCUCCAUCCACAAGCAUUUUAAAGAGAGGACUUAAAAGAGCCCACGAAGAUGAGAUCUCAUCACCAGUUAACAAGGUUAGACGUGUCUCGUUUGCAGACCCAAUAUACCAAGCAGGAUUGGCAGAUGACAUUGAUAGGCGCUGCUCAGUUGUUAGGUCACAUUCUUCAAAUAGCUCUCCCAUAAUAAAAAGUGUUAAAACUUCACCUACUUCACACUCUAAGCAUAAUACCACUUCAGCCAAAGGAUUUCUGUCCCCAGGACCACAGAGCUCUAAGUUUAAGAGCUCAAAGAAGUGUUUAAUUACAGAAAUGGCCAAAGAAUCCAUGCUAUCCCCAACAACAGAGAGUGUUUACCCAGCUUUGGUAAACUGUGCAGCAUCAGUCGACAUCAUUUUACCUCAAAUUACAUCAAACAUGUGGGCAAGAGGUCUAGGACAACUUAUCAGAGCCAAGAACAUAAAGACAAUUGGUGAUUUGAGUACUCUUACAGCAUCAGAAAUAAAAACUCUUCCUAUUCGCUCUCCAAAGGUGUUUAAUGUAAAAAAGGCUCUCAGAGUGUACCAUGAGCAACAGAUGAAAUCUCGUGGACUUGAAGAGAUUCCAGUUUUUGAUAUUUCUGAGAAGGCAGUAAAUGGAGUAGAAAGCAAGCCCCUCUCAACUGAUGAAGAAAAGCUUGCCUCAGAUUUGAUUGAUCCUGUAACCGUGGAUACCCCAUUGUCUAAAAAUCUUGUGGCACAAAUUAGUGCUCUUGCUCUUCAACUGGAUUCAGAAGAUCUGUACAGUUACUCUGGAAGCCAGCUAUUUGAAAUGCAUGAGAAACUUGGUACCAUGGCAAACUCUAUAAUAAGAAAUCUACAGUCACGUUGGAGAUCACCAGUCCAUGAAAAUUCUUAGUAUUUUAAGAAAAUGGAAAGUUUUUUCACCACCAGAUUUUAUUUUUUGGCUUUUAGAAAUAUCUGCACCAUUUAAAGAGGAAAAUUUGCAGAGUUGAUAAGAUAUCAAAUCCUGAAAGACAAUGAAUUAUUAGGUCAGUUUUAUAAAUUCAUUAGUAAAGAUAUUCCCUACUGUAUUUUCUUGGCCAGUAUACAUAGUUUUUUUAAAAGAAAUUUAAAUGUUACUGAAACUUGAAAGCAAACGAGAUAUACAUACUUUUUUUUUCAUACAUUAACUCAUGCAUAUUUUGGUGUAGCUCAUACAAAUAUUUUAAGUAAGAUAGAAAAGUUUUAUUUACACUUGAACUGAUAAAGGUGUUUAUACUUUUUCAAAAAUAUUUAUAUUUGUUGUGCUUGGUGAAACACCUGUACUGAGAUGCAAAAGAAUGAGAGCAUUUCUUUCAUAUAACACCUGUAGAAAACCUUUGAGAGAAAUACCAAUUUUCAAUUUGUUAGUUAAAAUUAACACUUAAUUGCUAACAUUCCAUUCAUUUGGCAUUGGCAAAUAUUUGUGCAGCAGCAUUUGCCUGUGAAAAUGUGCUCUUAUGAGGUAUAGUGUUCACUCUUACAUGCAUGACUUUGUACAUUAUGUAUAAAAGACAGUGUUUUUUUAAUUUAUAAAGUUCAGCCUUCGUUAAUUGCACGAGUUUCUGCAGCUUCAUGUGAAUACCAUUGUUUUGUUUAAUAGAAACUUUUGUAUAUAUUUAAUAUCAAAAUAUCCAUAUGGAUAUUAAAAAUACUUCAUGACGUACUGUGGAUAUUUGUAGGAGUCUGUAUCUACAAAUAAAGCAACAGAUAGUUUUGUAUUUAGUUAAAACAUGAGUUUAUUUUCUAAAGUGUCCAGAAUAAUUAAAAUUAUUAGAACCAAAAAAUAUUACAUGCCACUACUUUUUUUUUUUCUUUUUCUUUUGGUUUUGGAAGAGGAUCCCAAGCCACUAGAAAAUGUGCCUAUGUUUCUUCUUAAUGGAGAGUUAGCCUGGAUAUUUUCAUUGCAGAUUGUACUAUAAGACAUAGAGAUACCUGGUUUAAUCACAUAUGUUGAAAACUAAACUUGGAAGAAAUUUGAAACUGCCCUUUUUAUAUGUAUGUUUUGUCUAGUUAAAAAAAAAAUAGGAUAUAUAUAAUUAAACCGUUUGUAAAUUUUA